AUGGUAACAGAACCAACUGUUUCAUCUCUAUGGUUUGUAGAAUCAUCAGAAGAUAACCAUACUACAGCUAGUAGAUCAACGACAAUUGAUAAUCAUUCAUUAAUUUCAUAUUAUCCAUAUAGUUCAUUAUAUAAAGCUGAAAUAUUGAUUGAUGGACAUUUAAAAAAAAAUUGGAAUACAUGUUGGACAAAAGUUGUUGCUGUAAAUGAAUUAAUUAUUGGUUUACUUAUAUUUAUUAUUGGUAUACUUAUGGUUCUUUUUCAAUUAUCACUUUCAUCAACAGCUCAUGGUAUAUGGACAGGUGCUUUAGUAUUUAUUGCAGGACUAUUUGCUUUUUUUACUAUUAUUUAUCGUCGUCAUCGAUUCUUUCUUGUCGUUGCUAGUAUUCAUAUUAUAACUGGUUUAGCAUCAACAAUUUUAAUUUUUAUAUCAGUUUUUGCUAUUGCAUUACAAAUGAAUAAUAAGAAUUCAAAUUUUACAAUAAAUAUUAAUGAUCGUCAACUUAACUAUGGUUUACAUGUUACACUCAUUAUUUUAGGUCGACCAGCAUUAAAAUUAACAUUUACGCCCGAUGAAAAAUACUUCACGAAUGGUCAUCAAGUUGAUAUUCAAUGUGAACUACUUAAUCCAAAUGAUCAUACAGAAGCACCACAAUUAUGGCAUGUUGAUAUAAAAACUGGUAAACAUUCACCAAUAUCACGUCUGUUAAUAAAUUCACCAUCAAAUGAAGCACCCGAUUCAUAUAGACGAAAUUCUAAUAAACGUAUAGAAUUUAUUAAAAAGAAUCAUAUACGUAUAAGACAUUUACAAUUAGAAGAUUCAGCACGAUAUGAAUGUAAUUGUCCUGAUUGUGAACAACAAUUAGAAGAACAAAAAAAAGUUUUACAAGUUAUGAGAUUAGCUGAACCUAGAUGGCAUAUUGAACCUGGUUGGCCAAUACAAGAAAAUGCUAAAACAACAAUAAAAUGUACAGUUGAUGAUUUUUAUCCAUAUGUUAGUCAUAAAAUAAUUCGUAAUCAUCAUGAAAUAAACGAUGGUAAAACUACACCACCAAAUCCAAAUACAUUUCCGCAAAAAUUUUCUUGGGAAGCAACUGUUACACCCACAGCUGAUUGGCAUAAUCAAACAUUACAAUGUACAGUUACUCAAGGUAAUACAGAACAACAUGCACUAAAAGUUCUUGAUGUUUUAUUUACACCACGCUUUCUUAAAUGUGAUGAAAAACAAUAUGUUAAUUCAACAAAAGAAAAUGCAACAAUUGAAUGUUCAUAUUCAGGAAAUCCAGCACCUACAUUAACAUGGUUUCAUCAAACAGAUGAAAAACCUAUUAGAUCUGAAACAGGUAUUACUAUUGAAACAAAAGAUGAACAUCAUGGUAAAUAUAAAAGUGUUGUUACAUUUGAUCGUGAAAAACUAAUUGCUAUACCAUUAACAACAACAACAAUGGCACCAUCUUCUAAUGGAAAAUCGGAUACAACAAUUAAACCAAAAGCUACAGGAGAUAAUUAUUAUCAACAAUUAUUAACUGAUGGAUUUAUUGUUAAAUUAACAUAUAAUAAUGAAGAAAAAGGUUUACAUAAAAUAAAUAUAGUUAGUGAUGUAAAUGAAGUACGAUCAAAUGCACUUGAUAGUUCAUCAAUUAAAACGAUACACAAUCUCUCAACAUCUAUUAUGUUCUUAUUAUUUUUAACUAUUCUCUAUAUGAUACAAUAUCAUUGA